ACCAUAAUAGAAUCUGAGAGAGAGAGAAAAAAAGCCAGAGACAGAGAGAGAGAAAGAGAGUUGGCCCAGCGGAUCGAAGAAGAAGACGGCUUGAGAGAUUUCUUCUUUCUUGGAGUAUUGAUUAUUUGGCAGUCUCUCUUCUCUUAUUUUAUAAAUGAGUCUUUUGGAUAAAAAUAAAAUUCGCUAUUAAUUUUUUUUUAGAGGUGAUCUCGGGAGAACAUUGUUUUUUAUUUUUAUUGUUCAUUUCUCGAUUAUUAUUAGUCUGACCGGCGAUAUAGGAAUGAGUGUUUAUUUUAUCAUCAACGAUUAAAGAUUUGUUUUUUUUUUCUCUGUUCAAAGUGCGAUCGGAUGAUGUGGUGGGUCUGAGAUUCAUCAUAUAUGAGAGAGAUUUCAUAAAAACAAACAAUGCGAUGCCGUUUUUAAGAACCAGAGUUGAGAGGAAUUUGGUGGAUGAAGAAGUAAAGGGAAAUAACUCAACUGACGAUAUGAAUUUGAGUGAUCAUAAUACAUCAUCUGAGAAUGCAACUAAAAGACAGCUUCCUGUGUUUCUCUUACCAAACUCAACUUCACAAGCUUGCAACGCUAGUCCUGUUAAGGCCAGGAGAAAAAUGAUUGACCUUCAACUCCCUGCACACGAGUAUCUUGAUACGGAUGAGAACGAUGAGAUUACAAUCUGCGCUCCGUAUAAACGCUCCAAAUCUGGAAGAGGGGAUGAUGCUUCUCACCACAUCAACUCUUCAGGAUCUUGCUUGGAUGUGAAGAGCUCUAAUGGCUUAUUAGCUGACUUGAAUGAGCCACUCACAUUGCAAGGUUCAGAACCUGUGCCUCACAAUGCAGAUGUUGAAGGGCAGUCUAGUCAAAAUGGAUUGAUGGUCCUUGACGCAGGGCGUGGCGGGAGCACUCAGAGUCAGAGAGACCUGCAUAUACCUUCCCGUUCUGACAAUGCAGUUCAACCUCAGAGGCAGAGCUAUCCUCCGACUGAUUAUAGCAAUGCAACAUUCUCCCGGGAAAGAGCACAUCGUGAGAUGGAAGCUCGUUCAGUGAACCCUCAAGCUUCUUAUGAUAGCUACGUGGAAUCAACUGUGGCAUCAUCUAACGCUCCAAGAUUACACAAUGACUACCGCCCUGACUUUAUCAGACCAUGGAGCCAUCUGUCUUCACCAUGGAAGAAUCCUAGGUGCAUCACUGAUCAACAUAAGGAAGUGAACCACUUGUUAAAGCGAGACUUCGAUAUCAACUUGCCAUGUGAUGAUGCCUCGGUUGCUAAAGCCUUUUGUCUUAAAAAGGAAGGAGAGAACAAAGCUGCCAACGUAAGACACUGCUUUGAUCUAAAUGCAUGUGCUAGUGAGGAUGAUGACGUUUCAGGCUUACAUUCUAGUCUAAGAGUGAAAACAAAAGGAACUUUUUCGGUAGAUUUGGAAGCUCCCCCAACUCUCCAGAGUGCAGAAGAAGAAGAUGGAGAUAGCUCGCAGGAUGAACUCAUCAAGGGAGCAGCAGAAGCAAUAGUCGCCAUUUCAUUGCCUGAUCAUCCUGAUGACGCAGCUUCUUAUUCUUCAACUGAUGUCGCUUCCAAAAGUCAGCUCUCUUGGUUCGCAGACAUUAUCACUUCUUGUGGUGAUGAGUUAGAAAGAAAGAUUGAUGGUUCUCCACAAGAGUAUUCUUCUGGGGAGAUUGACUACUUUGAAGCCAUGACACUGAGUUUACAACCAACCAAGGAAGAAGACUACAUGCCAGAGCCAUUAGUCCCUGAGAAUAUGAGCUUCGAAGGUACGGGCUUGAACAAGCCAAGAAGAGGAAAAGCAAGAAGAGGAAGACCGAAGAGGGGGGAUUUCCAGAGAGAUACUCUCCCUGGACUCUCCUCUCUAUCAAGGCACGAAGUCGCUGAAGAUAUACAGUUGUUUGGUGGGCUUAUGAGACUAAGGGCUACAGGAUGGGGAAAAGCAACAAGAAGACCGAGGAGACAAAGGUGCCCUCCUGCAACUGUCAUCUUAACAUGAUAGUUUCAUGAAACAAUCAGAACUUCACAAACCUUGAAACAUUACAAAGACUACAAUUAGUAUUACAAUACAUUGAUGUUAUUGAAUGUCAACGACUUUUGCUGGUUAUACAAAAGAUACAUCUGUUUAUUAUUGCAACUGCUUGACGCCAAGGUACAGUAUACCUUUUUCUACCAAUCAUUGUUCUAAUA